CCAUUUCGGCGUUGCUCACCAACCUGAUUUCUCUUCUGCUUUCACACACAACUCGUGUCGUCUUUUUAAAACAGGAUAUAGUUCUUUGUUUGUCUCGGGGUUUGUGGGGGUGAAAAUGGAGAACAAGAACAAUCAUGGAAACGAGGAUGGUCCAAAACAUAGCCAAGUGGUGAAGAUAAAGAGAGAAUUUGAGAAGAUAAGUCAGCCAUCGCUGCAUCAACCGGAGAUGAGAAGGGUACUUUCCAAGAUCAAGAGGAGUCAACGUUCACGUUCACCACUUGGCUUAGGAGAGAGAUCUGUUUCUGUUGGCAACUAAUGAUUGCUUGCUUUUGUAGUCGUUCCUUGCUGUAUAUGUUCUAUGUAAAUACGCUUUGGAUUAAAUAUGACCGAUGUAUAUAGAUCUGGAUUUACAUGAUAUGUAUGUAAGAUAGAGAUAUUGUCACUAUAAAUGACCAAAACUCAUUGAGA